AUGGUGAGUUUUUAUAUUAUUCAUGACUGAUAGAUGCUUCAAGACAUCGUCAGUUCCUUUUUCAUUCUGACGAAUGUGAAUAUUGGAUACGCGAUCGAUUUUUUUUCAAUAAAACGAGUUUGGUUAUUCAAAAUACAUUUUUUAGGGUAUUGAUAUCAACCAUAAGCACGAUCGUAUCGCCCGUAGAACGGCCCCAAAGAGUGAGAAUCCAUACGUCCGACUUUUGUCGAAGGUAAUUCGUUGUUUAAUUUAUUCGGAAAAACUCAUAGAUUAAGUUUUCAGUUGUAUGCUUUCCUCGCCAGACGUACUGGAGAGAAAUUCAACUCGGUUGUCCUCAAGAGACUCAGAACUGCUCGUAGAUUCCGUCAACCAAUCUCUUUGGCCAACGUUGUCAAGAACGUCAAGAGAGCCGGAAACGCCAACAAGACCGUUGUCACCCUCUCAACCGUCACCGAUGAUGCUCGUUUGUACCAAGUUCCAAAGAUCACAGUAAGUGAUUUUCUAUUUUAGUUCCCGAUCGGUGAAUGACUAUCCCCUUCGGGGUUGAUGGUUUAUUCUUCGUGGUAUAUUGAAGCUCCAACUUUUGGAGAGUUUUCAACCCACUCGAUCGAAUAAAAAUCAACUGUGUGGCCCUUUCUUCUGAAAGAUGCCCGGUUGAGUUCGCAUAUUCCUUAUCCCUGUGUAGAACCCUGGUUCCGUGACACUUGGGAAAACCAUGUGAAAUACACCUAUCCUCUGAUUCGUCAUUCACCAAACAAUUUAUAAUAUUCGUUUUUUCAGCUUGCUGCCCUCCACGUCACCGAAGGAGCCAGAGCCAGAAUCUUGAAAGCCGGAGGAGAAAUCAUCACUCUUGAUCAACUCGCCCUCAGAGCACCAAAGGGAGAAAACACCCUCCUUAUCCAAGUAAGUUUAACUUUCAUGGUCUAGGGUUUUGUAAGCUGAAAGUUUUCUGCUAACCUUGUUACUAUAAAAAUUUGAUAAAUGUUGGUUCAUAAGGAAAGAAUUUCUCUUCAAUUCCAAUCAACACUUCAUUUUUCCAGGGACCACGCAAGGCUCGUGAAUCAGAGAAACACUUCGGACUCGCUCCAGGAGUUCCACACAGUCACUCCAAGCCAUUGGUCCGAUCAAAGGGACGCAAAUUCGAACGCGCUCGUGGACGCAGAGCCUCCCGUGGAUACAAGGCUUAA